AGUUUGGGUCUCCGCAGCGCCCGUAGUUUUGAACUUUCACCGCUCCUGCGGCCGGCGUCGGGGGAUAGCACGCAUGCGUCUUGUCUUCGAAUGGGUGGCACCCUUAUCCUCGCGGCGGCGGCAGGAGCCGUGGCCGUGCUGCUGGCAGUGCGGCUAUGGGUAGUGCUGCGUCCCCGCGCCGCUGUGCCCCGGCGGUCUCUCAGCCUCUUGGUGGUGGCUGGGUCCGGUGGGCAUACCACUGAGAUCCUGAGGCUGCUUGAGAACUUGUCCGAUGCUUACUCUCCUAGACAUUAUAUCAUUGCUGACACUGAUGAAAUGAGUGCCCAUAAAAUAAAUUCUUUUGAAGGAAAUCGAGCUGAUAGAAACCCCAGUGCUAUGUUUACCGAAUACUAUAUUCACCGCAUUCCCAGAAGCCGGGAGGUCCAGCAGUCCUGGCUGUCCACGGUACUCACCACCUUGUACUCUAUGUGGCUCUCCUUCCCCCUGACUCACCGAGUGAAGCCAGAUUUGAUCCACAAAGCAGUCGGAGAAGAGCAACACGCACCCAUCCCGUGGGUGCUGGCUGAGCACCGGGCACUGUGCGCCCACGUCCUGUGGCGCAGGGCAGGCCACCCAGGUGCAGAGAAGUGGACUGAUUUGUCCCAACUCACACAGUUGGUGUUAUGUAACGGACCAGGAACAUGUGUUCCUAUCUGUAUAUCUGCCCUUCUCCUUGGGAUACUAGGAAUAAAGAAAGUGAUCAUUGUCUACGUUGAAAGCAUCUGCCGAGUGGAACAUUUAUCCCUGUCCGGAAAGAUUCUGUUUCACCUCUCCGAUUACUUCAUUGUUCAGUGGCCGACUCUUAAGGAGAAAUAUCCCAAAUCUGUCUACCUCGGGCGAAUUGUUUGAUGAAUGACAACUUACUUCUUUAGAAUUUUGCAGUCAACAAUAUUUACUAUAAAUGGGGAACAGAAAACUACAUGUUUAUGUAAAAGCCUUUGAGAAUCCUGAGAAUUAUUGGUGGUCAAGAGUAGAGAAAUGUAUAAGUAACCCAGUGAGGAAACUGAGGUUGCUUUUAUAAAACAAACAUUAAUAAACCAUUAAGUGUUUA